GGCUCGGCUGUUGCCCGCCGAGGGGAGUCAUUACACAGUCGCAGUUCGGCAGCGCGCCGUAGCCAUUUUGGCUCAAGCCGUUCUGCCUCAAUCGCCCUUUUGCGCACCGUGCCGCGCCCGCCCGCGCGAAGUCCAGCAGCGAGGAUGGCCGCCAUGCAGGGGUCGUUUUUUCCGAUCAGCGAGCUUUCGACCUACAACAGCAAGUGGACGAUCCGUGCCCGGGUCACGUCAAAGGCUCAGAUCCGCACCUUCCGCAAGGGCAACGGCGAGGGGAAGGUGUUCCACGUGGAACUGCUCGACGCGGAGGGGGGCGAGAUCCGCGCGAGUUUCUUCAACGACGCCGUCGACCAGUUCCACACCAAGUUGGACAAGGGCAAGUGCUUCACAUUCUCGGGCGGCAGCCUGCGCGUCGCCAACAAACAGUUCAACACGUGCAACCACCGCUACGAGAUCACCUUCGACAAGGGCGCGAGGAUCGAGGAGGUCGAGGAAGUGGCCCAGAUCGGGAAGCAUGUCUUCAAGCUGACGGACCUGCGCGCGAUCCAGUCGCGGGUCACCCCCUUCACGGCCGACCUGUGCGGGGUCGUUUCGGGCUUCCAGCCCAUGCUGGCCUUCACCUCCAAGGACGGCAAGGAGCUCGUCAAGUGCGAGGUCACCCUCACCGACGACACCGCGACCAGCAUCGCCGUCACGAUCUGGGGCGAGCGCGCGAAGCAGCCUGACACGACGUUCGCUGACCAUCCCGCCGUGGUGAUGAAGGGCGUGGCCGUCAAGGUGUGGAAUGGCGGCCGCAGCGGCUCGCUGCUGGAGGGGGGCGACCUCAUCUUCGACGCCGCACUGCCAGAGGUGCAGAAGAUGAAACAGUGGUGGUCGGAGGGUGGCUCGAGCAAGGAGAUCAAGACCCUGUCCGUCUCGGGCCCCGGCGGCCGCGGGCCUUCUGGCACACCCGUGGAGGACCUCGGCGACAUGCGGCGCCACGCCGAGCAGGUGCUCGGCGACCAGGGGAAGGUGUUCACGGUGGUCGCCCGCCUGGCCCAGGUGCAGAUGAGGAAGCAGGGCGAGGCCCAGCCCAUGUUCUACAUGGGCUGCCAGGAGCCGAAGGAGGGCAGUGGCCUCCCGUGCAACCGCCGCGUGGACGAGAGCGGCUUCUGCGCGGCCUGCAACCGAGCCGGGCGGGCCGCGCCGCGCCUCAACCUCCGCUGCAAGUUCGCAGACUUCGCCGACAGCCCGUGGCUCACCACCUUCCACGAGGCCGCGCAGAAGGUGGUGGGCCUGAGCGCCGAGCAGGUGAAGGCCUUCGAAGUCGGCGAGGGCCGCGAGGCCUUGGAGUCCGCCAUCCGCAGGGCGUACAUGCAGGAGCCGGUGCAGCUGACGGUGCGCGCGAGGUACGAAAGCUACAACGGCGAGCCCCGCACCAACGUCACGUGCAUCGAUGCGCGGCCCGUCGCCCUCGGGGAGCGGGGACGGGCCCUGCUGCAGGAGAUCGGGCAGAUGAUCGCGGUGAAGUGACCGACAGGGGUGGCAGGCUCCUGGGCUGCCAGAGCGGAGGCCUGACAGGGGAGGCCUCCCGAGCCGCCUCGAGCGAGCUCUCCUGCGAGCAGCGUGCUGGCUCCUUCUUGCUGAGGAUGGGCGAGCUUGAGCCGCGGGGUUGCAGCGGUCUGCCCAGGCGCCUCCUCGUCCUCCUCCUCCUCGUCCUUCUCCUCCUCC